AACACGAUGGCUCUGCUAACAGCCGAAACAUUCAGCUUACAGUUUAACAACAAGCGCCGUGUCAACAAGCCUCACUACCCGAGGAAGGCCCUCUUGUGUUACCAGCUGACGCCGCAGAAUGGCUCCACGCCUACCAGAGGCCACUUAAAAAACAAGAAAAAGCACCAUGCAGAAAUUCACUUUAUUAACAAGAUCAAGUCUAUGGGACUGGACGAAACCCAGUGCUACCAAGUCACCUGUUACCUCACGUGGAGCCCCUGCCCCUCCUGUGCCCGGGAGCUGGUUGACUUCAUCAAGGCUCACCGCCAUCUGAACCUGCGCAUCUUCGCCUCCCGCCUGUACUACCACUGGCGCCCGCACUAUCAGGAGGGGCUGCUGCUUCUGUGUGGAUCCCAGGUCCCAGUGGAGGUCAUGGGCCUCCCAGAGUUUAGUGACUGCUGGGAAAACUUUGUGGACCACAAGGAACCGCCUUCCUUCAACCCCUCUGAGAAGUUAGAGGAGCUAGAUAAAAACAGCCAAGCCAUAAAGCGACGGCUUGAAAGGAUAAAGAUUCCAGGGGUACAUGUGCAGGGUUGUUACAUAGAUAUAUUGUGUGAUGCUGAGGUUUGAGUCACCCAGUCUACUGGCACAUAGCACCCAAUAGCAGUCCCGGAGUGUGGAUGUUUUAGAGAAUGGCUUAAGAAGUUUGCAGCUUGGACCCGUAACCCCCUCAUCGUCAAUACGCAACUCAAGAUGACUUUCCCUGGGGCAUGUCAGUUGCCUCGUAGCCUGCUGGUCCUGUGGGCAAGCACCAAGCUCCACAGUGCCAGUUCCUUGCCCCAAACCUGGCCCCAUCCAAGUACAGGAGACCUUUCUUUCCUCCUUUUUCCAUCUGUUCUAAGUGGGUUAAUAAUUUUAUAAUAGAAAAAAUAAAGAUAAUUUUAAAGUCUGUAAAUCCGGCCAGAUACGGUGGCUCAUGCCUGGAAUCCUAGCACUUUGGGAGGCUGAGGUGCUCAGCCAAUAAAUUUCUAUUGUUUAUGAA